GGCGGGUGCCAUCGCCACGAUUACCGGAAGAACGGUCUCUACAUCUCCGUGCAGGUUCUCGGGAAUCGUUGUAUUGCCAGCAGACGCUGCAUGCAUUGACACGUGGCAGUCGACCGACACGAUGAAACUACAUCUGUUCGUGCUUCGUGGUUAAGUUGCCCGCGCUGAGGUCAGGCAGAUACUUCCCAUUCCAUCAAUCUCUUCGGUCGUCCCUCAACGGAUUGCUCUCGGAGUUUCGCCAGGCACGUCCACGUGUUUUCCCGCGCGAUCGAUCUCUUCUCGACGUGUCGCACUCCAAUCAUUCAUCUCAGGUCGUCGGGCGCGGUCCAGGUCGAUCGGUAUGUCGUAAUUCCGCGCAAAGGAAGACACGGAGUGUCUCCCCUCUGCUGAGCAUCAGAUUGCGGGAGCGCCGCUCAGCUCUCAACGGCGGGCAGCAGUGCCACGUGGCAGUCAGCAAGGAGGGAGUUUGAGGCGCGCUCAUUGCAUCGCGAACCUAUCUUAUCACUUUGUCCGCUUUCUGCUUCUGGCAGUGCCACGUGGCAGUCAUUUGGUCCCUCAUGAGCGUAGGCAAGUCGACUGAAAACAAAUCGCGCUCUGCUGGCACACGCGGUGGGAACGAGUUAUUCUCAGCUCAGGUCCCAAAUCCCCCUCUCCCAACUCCCCUUCGAUUGCGGAGGAUUCCUCGUCGUGCCCCGCGGUAUUCGGGGCACUUCUUCUUCUUCCGUGUUGGCGCUUGCGCUUCAUGUUCCUUCUUCUUUGGCGUCGGUGUAUCUCUACUUGAAUCUAGUCGGGAUCGAUGCGUAACUUUCCCCUUCCUCGCCUCUCUCCCCUCGGGGCAAGUCUCUACUAAGGCAGGGGAAGAAGGAGGGCCGCCGCUUGCAUCGGGUGGAGGGUGGGGGAGGCAGCGAGCGGAUAGGUGACUUGAUGCUCGUACAUGCACCAGGGGCGGUCUUCGUUGCAAGGUGCGCAUAUUGCGCAGGCGAUAUUUUCGCCGUUCGAUCUGGACGAUCUGCGGCAGAGGUUAGGGCAACUAGGGAUGGGGCCUCAGGCUGGCUGGGGUUCCAGUUCCAAGGAGUUUUUGGACCUUGUCAAAGCCAUCGGCGAGGCCAAAUCUAAAGCUGAGGAAGAUCGUAUCGUAGCUUCCGAGAUCGAAACCCUAAAAAAGCGCCUCUGCGAACCCGAAGUGCCCAAGAAGAAGAUGAAAGAGUACUUGGUUCGUUUGGUGUACGUGGAGAUGCUUGGUCAUUCUGCCUCCUUCGGCUAUAUCCAUGCCGUUAAGAUGACUCACGAUUCCAAUCUUAUGUGCAAAAAGGUGGGAUACCUUGCUGUGACGUUAUUUCUCGAGGAGAAUCACGACCUUAUCAUAUUGAUUGUCAACACCAUCCGCAAUGACUUGAAAUCGGACAAUCAUUUGGUGGUCUGCGCAGCGCUGACUGCGGUCUGUAAGCUCAUCAAUGCGGAGACCAUACCUGCGGUGCUCCCGCAGGUUCUCGACCUCUUCACGCACCCCAAGGAGAUUGUCAGAAAGAAGGCGGUCAUGGCGCUGCACCGGUUCCACCAGCGCUCGCCAGCAAGCGUGGCUCAUGUCAUCUCUAAGUUCCGACAGACACUUUGUGACAAGGAUCCGAGUGUGAUGAGUGCGUCACUGUGCGCAAUAUAUGAUCUGGCCAUAUCUGAUCCCAAGGAACAUAAGGGUGUGAUUCAAGGCUGUGUCAGUAUUUUGAAGCAGGUGGCUGAGCAUCGACUGCCUAAGAACUUCGAUUACCGGCGCGUGCCUGCACCAUUUAUCCAGAUCAAAUUGCUGAAGAUUUUGGCCGUCUUGGGGGCAAAUGAUAGAGAGGCAAGCCAGCACAUGUACAAUGUGUUGGGGGAGGUGCUGAAGAAAGCCAGCGGGACACCAAGCAAUAUAAGGGAUGCUAUUCUUUACGAAUGUGUUUGUACGAUUACGUCGAUAUAUCCAGAACCAAAGCUCCUGGAGCAGUGUGUAGAAAUAACGUCAAGGUUGCUAAAGGACAACAACCAUAAUCUGAAGUACUUGGGCAUCGAUGCAUUGGGUCGAGUCUACAAAAUUAACCCCGAUAUUGUAUCCAUGGAGAAGUUUGCGGUGAUCGACUGCUUGGAGGACCAGGAUGAAACUCUCAAGAGGAAGACCUUGGACCUGCUGUAUAGAAUGACGAACCCGAGUAAUGUGGAGGUGAUUGUGGAGAAAAUGAUAGCAUACAUGCGUACGCUAAAUGACGUGCAUAGCAAAACAGAGAUCGCGGGGCGUGUCAUUGAGUUGGUCGAGCAGUUUGCACCAAGCAACCAAUGGUUCAUCCAGACGAUGAAUCAGGUGUUUGAGUUGGCAGGGGACGUGGUCAGGCCAAGUGUUGCCCACAACCUCAUGCGAUUAAUUGCAGAAGGUUCAGGCAAUAAUGAUGAAGAUGCUGAUACACAUCUCCGGUCAUCUGCGGUUGAGUCGUAUCUGCAGCUCCUAAAGGAGCCUAAGCUGCCGUCGAUUCUUCUGCAGGUCAUUUGCUGGGUGCUUGGGGAGUAUGGAACAGCAGAUGGUGUACACUCUCUUGAUGAGAUUGUGGGGAGGCUUUGUGAUGUAGCGGAGAGCCACGCACAUGACGACUCUGUCAGGGGCUAUGUGUUGAUGGCGAUAAUGAAACUUUGCGCAUUUGAAAUAGGAGCAGGCACGACCGUCGAUCUCAUUCCAGAGGCUAGGGCACUUUUGGAGGAGAUGCUUCGGUCGCAGUCAACAGACCUGCAACAGCGAGCUUAUGAGCUGCAGGGCUUGCUGUCGCUGAAUCGAGACGUUGUGCGGAGGGUAUUCCCAAUGGAUUCUUCAUGCAAAGAAGUUGAGGUGGAUGUGAAUCUUUCGUUCCUUGACGACUUUGUCACUCAAGCAGUCGAGAAGGGUGCGGAACCGUAUGUUCCGGAGAGUGAGCGGGGGAAGGGUGGACAACUCGCUUCAGCACUCGUUGUUUCGAGAGCUGAUCCACUGGAGGCUGCUCAUCAACGACACUCGCUCCGUUUCGAGGCCUAUGAAUUGCCUCCCCCACCUUCACAGGCUGCAGCGUCAUCUUCAAGCUCAGCAGGACCACUUUUGCUGAUGGGCGGCUCUGCAUCAUCGCUCGAAACAGCACCCGGGAACGGACCAUCUGACAGGAGUCAGAGAGGGAGUUCCUUGGGAGGAGAAGCCUCUGGAAUAGUAGGAUUUCAUCUCGAUGACGGCCGUAGAGACAUUGAGGGAAACCUGAAGCUGAACUUGAGUAAUGUCCAGAAGAAGUGGGGCAAGCCAUCCGCUCCAUCGCCUUCCCACUCACAAUCAACAGUUUCUUCACACUCGUUGUCACAUGUAUCGUCGACGAGUGAAGGAGAGCGGCUACCAAGCAGCAACGGUGCAGUUGUCAGUGGGGAUCCGUAUGGAUCGUUGCGGGUGAGCGAUCGCAGAAGCUACGCGUACGGGAGCGAGAAAGGGAAGAAGGAGGUGGUCAUCUCAGAAGAGAAACAGCGGCUAGCAGCUUCUCUGUUUGGCAGCGGUUCAAGGGCCGACGCUGCACUUGAGUCGAGGGCAACUGGUAGUGGAGGUGCACGAGGAGGAGGGUCCCGUGCUGCGCCAAAGGCAUCAAAGCCGAGUUCCGUGUCGGGACCUCAGAAGCAGACAGGGCCAUCACCAGGACCAGUGCCCGCUGAGCCUCCGCCACCAAAGGUACAGCCUCAGCCCCUUGUGGAUUUGCUUGAUCUAUCUGACCUGGACGUCAGCAGCUCAAACCGUGCUCCCUCCACGUCGUCAGACCCCUUCAAACAGUUUGAAAGUCUGAUUGUAGGAUCUGGUCUCCCAUCGCAGGCGUCGCCAUCUCAGCAUGUCCCACAAGCGAGGGCUGCGGUGCCUCCAGUGUCGCCCACGUCUUCAGCGUUUGACCUGCUGUCCCUGUUACAAGAUGUGCCGCCGCCAAGCGCCGGUGCAUCAGGGGUUGGCUUUGAUGUCACAGCGACGAUGGGUGCUCCGUCAGCUGGCUUCCAUUCCCAGAUAGGGGGAACGGGAAGUAGUGGUAUGGCAGGGAAGGGAGGAGGAGGAGGAGGAGGAGGAGGAGGAGGAGGUGUAGAGGGUAGCGAAGCCGGAAUUCGAAAGGGACCAAUCAACCCUCAACUGGUGGUACAACAAAAGGUGGUCAAUACGAAGAAAGCGGGCGUCACACCAUCAGGAGCAAACCCUUCACUCUUCAAGGAUCUCUUCGGGUAAGACUAGAUUUGUAGAGAAAGGGAGGAGGAGGAGGAGGAGGAGGAGGAGGAGGAGGAGGUAUAGAGGUUAGCGAAGUGGAAAUUUGAAAGGGAGCAAUCAACCCGCAACUGGCGGUGCAGCAAAAGGUGGCCGAUACAAAGCAAGCGGGCGUCAUACCAUCAGGAGCAGACACUUCACUUGUCAAGGAUCUCUUAGGGUAAGACUAGAUUUGUGGAGAAAGGGAGGAGGAGGAGGAGGAGGAGGAGGAGGUAUAGAGGUUAGCGAAGCGGAAAUUCAAGAGGGAGCAAUCAACCCGCAACUGGCCGUGCAGCAAAAGGUGGCCGAUACAAAGCAAGCGGGCGCCACACCAUCAGGAGCAGACGCUUCAGUCUUCAAGGAUCUCGUAGGGUAAGACUAGAUUUGUGGAGACGUGCAUUUGAAAGGGAGGAGGAGGAGGUGUAGAGGGUAGCGUAAGCGGGAAUUGGAAAGGGAGGUGGUCACUACAAAGAUUUGAAAGAAAGCGGGCGUCACACCAUCAGGAGCAGACCCUACACUCUUCCAGGGUCUCCUAGGUAAGAAUAGAUUGGUGGAGAAGGGGAGCAUUAGGUUGGAAUGAAUGGCAAUGAUAGCAUGGUAGCAUCUGGAAAUGGUCUUCUGUAGUUGUCUUGUGGUUGGAGUUGCAGAUAGCUCUGUGGUGACGGUCUGUUAAGUGCGUUGUGGAACAAGUUACAGAAGGUGUGUGAGGAGAGGAGUUUUUCUUUCACACUGGUUAUUAUAGAGACGAAUUGAAAAAGUUGCGCGAGUUAAAUCCUUCAGAAUUGCCGGUGCUGAUUAUUGCUCCGUUGAGAGCAGGCACUUGAUCGUUAAGGGGGAACAAUCGGAAAGACGUCAGCGUCGUCAGGCCUUUCUUCCACCUUUAUGGAUUGUUACAGGCUGAGCACGGUAUGCAUAGCGGAUCGCCGGAUACUGAUUGCUUUAGGUUUAGACCUUGCUGACCGAAAGGGAUUCGAACUCUUAACCUAUGGUUUGGGAAGUCCUGAUUCAAGGCAUCUGAUUGGCGUCAUGCCUGUUCCAUGUUUGUCUUCUUUUAAAGGUUGGCAGUUUUCACUGAUGCCAGUCCCCUUGACUCUGGUCUUGUUAAUUGCACAUAUUUGUGGAGAGAGCGUAGAGAGAGAACGUAGAGAGAGAGAGAGAGAGAGAGAGAGAGAGAGAGAGAGAGGCUAAGGUGGCACUUGUGUCCUAGGAUGAGUGGGACUGGUAGUCACAGUCGUUUCUUAAAGAAGAGGUUCUUGGGUUUUGUCAAGGGGUUGAUGUUGCUAGAUAUUGUUAGAAGGGAGAUAAUAAAUUGCGACUAUUAUUAACUAGCUCCCAGGACAAUUGCCACCGGUCUCAGCAUUGUUCUGCACAGCUGAGAAGCUGAGAGCAAACAGGGAUUGUUGUGGUGGUUUGACUGGUGAAGGCAGUGGAUGUGUAAGUGAAAGUAUUAGCAAGAGAGAGAGAGAGAGAGAGAGAGAGAGAGAGAGAGAGAGAGAGAGAGAGAGAGAGAGAGAGAGAGAGAGAGAGAGAGAGAGAGAGUGCAAGUGUGUGGGCGAGUGGGUGGGUGUGCACACACAGAUCUCAUUUCUGAUCGCUACUCGGCAGCAGUGUGUGUGUGUGUGUGUUCGCGACCGUUGGUACGCGCAUGUGGGCAAGUGGUUGGGUGUGCACACGUGCACAUUUGAUUUUUGAUUGCUAGUAUGCAGCAGUCACUGUUAUUUGGUGCAUCAAUAAGAAACCAGGUCAACUCACUUGUGUUUGUGCUGUACAGGACCCAGUCUCUUUCCAGCAGUUGUCGGUACAUGUCAGUUCACGA